AUGCCCUGCUACCUCGAUCCUAGGCGCGUGCAGUCCGAGCCGUCGUUGUGCGCGCCACCGCUCGUUGAGCCUUACAGUCGUAUCCUGCCCGGCACGCUGAUCAUCGUCGGAUCAUGCUUGGGGCUGGAAUUUAUCGGUGAUUCGCCUAGCGAGGUCAAGGUCGAAGUUAUGUCGGUCGACGACACGCAGAUGGAGGUGGCCCAGGACGACUACAUGGACAUCGACCAUGUCGACGACGCCGCCGAGCUGUUGGCCAACGUCACUCUCAACUACAACGACAACAACCCCAACUACCACAACCACCACGGUUACAAC